AUGAACCCGCAGACUCACAAGGAGGGGGGGGCGGGCCUGCAGCUGUGAGCGAGCCAAUCAGGGACCACCAGCGGUUGGCGGCUCGGGAGGCAGUUAUCGCGCUCUCGCUUUCCCAAGAUGGCGGCCGCGAAGGACGGUUGUGGCUUAGGAGAAGUGGCCACAGGGAACGGGCGGCGGCUCCACCUAGGGAUUCCUGAGGCGGUGUUUGUGGAAGAUGUAGAUUCCUUCAUGAAACAGCCUGGGAAUGAGACUGCAGAUACAGUACUAAAGAAGCUGGAUGAACAGUACCAGAAGUAUAAAUUUAUGGAACUCAACCUUGCUCAAAAGAAAAGGAGGCUAAAAGGUCAGAUUCCUGAAAUUAAGCAGACUUUAGAAAUUCUAAAAUACAUGCAGAAGAAAAAAGAGUCCACCAGUUCACUGGAGACCAGAUUCUUACUGGCAGAUAACCUGUAUUGCAAAGCUUCAGUUCCUCCUACUGAUAAAGUGUGUCUGUGGUUGGGGGCUAAUGUAAUGCUUGAAUAUGAUAUUGAUGAAGCUCAGGCAUUGUUGGAAAAGAAUUUAUCGACUGCCACGAAGAAUCUUGAUUCUCUUGAGGAAGACCUUGACUUUCUUCGAGAUCAAUUUACUACCACAGAAGUCAAUAUGGCCAGGGUUUAUAAUUGGGAUGUAAAAAGAAGAAACAAAGAUGAUUCUACCAAGAACAAAGCAUAAUGCUGACAAUUAAAAAUGUGGUUCAGUUUUCCAAACAUGUUAUUUUAAAUACCCCAAAGUUUAUCCCUAAAGGUUGACAUGACUUUUACUGAUUUUUUUUUAACAGCAAGAACGAUAAUUAAAACUUAAAAGAAGAUAAACAUCAUUUUAUUAUAAAAACAAAAUUGGUUUCAAAUAUUUUAUGAAAUUAGCAGUAUUUUAAUUUUUCAUUUCCAACAAAGUAAAUGCUACUUUCAUCAUUUUUUUGGUUUGUCAUAAAAACGUCUUAGCUGAAAUGGCUGAGGUAUGCUAUGGGAGCUGAAUUCUGGACACUUUUCUUUAUUGGCUGAUGUUACUCUCACUUGAUGUGGUUAAACCAGUGUAGAGGUAGGAAAAAUAGUUUAAAUAUUUCCAAACUUGUUUUCUUUAGUACAUAAGGGGCUUUAUGGCUCUCUGUUGCUGUUAUUUGUCUUACAUAAAUGGAUUUUCAUGAAUUACUGCUUAGCCAAUAACUAUUAUAAUAUUCUGUACUUUUUAAGAAAUGGUAAUUUGCCUUCCUAAACAGUAAGAGGGCUAUUGAGACAACGCUUUUUCUUACCGCGUAGAAGUGCACAGUGUCUUUGCGAUGCCAACAUAAGGGGGAUCUUGGCCAACAUGAAAUAACAAAAUUCUUUAGCCACUCAAAACUCUUGGCUAAGGCAAUUUUGUAUUUCUUAACAGUUCGCCAAAGCAGCUGAACAAGAAUAUUAAGAUAAAUAUAAAUCUGCGGUGGUUGAAAAGAUUUGUGAGCUUUUUUAUUCAUGAUAAAACCUCAUAGGAAGAGUAGAAAAAUCCCUGUGGAAAGUCAUUGGUCCAGUGGCUAGCACUGGGUGAUACAGAUUCUGAUAAAAAAUGUAUUAUUCCAUCUCCAUGUAGUACAACAUAUACUCGUACAAUGUUUUGUACUUGUAUUUCAUGAUAUUAAAACAUUGAA